AUGUCUGCAGCCACGGCCUCCCCCAAAAUUCGCAGGAAAUUGUCGACGAGGAGGCCCAGGGCGGGCAGCCACCUCGCCACGCCCCAGAAUAUCCAGGACUCGCACGAGGCGGCGCUCAGCUCGAUUAGACAGUUCCUAAAGGCCCGUUCCAGCUACGACGCAUUCCCAGUCUCUUUCAGGCUCAUCGUCCUCGACUCGAAAUUAGAAGUCAAGAAGGCACUGCAAUGCUUACUACACAACGGCGUAGUGUCUGCCCCGCUAUGGAACUCGGAACGCUCAGAGUUCGCCGGCAUGUUCACCGUCUCGGACAUCAUCCAUCUCAUCCAAUACUACUACCACACAUCAUCCUACGAUUCCGUCGCGGAAGACGUCGAAAACUUUCGCCUCGAGAGCUUGCGGGAUAUCGAGAAGAGCCUCGGUGUGGCGACGCCCCCGCUCCUGCGACAACAUCCAGACGCGUCCUUGUUUGACGCGGCGAGGUUGCUCAUUCAGACCCAUGCGCGUCGGUUACCGUUGCUGGACUACGACAGUGAGACCCAUCAGGAGGUCAUCGUCUCCGUCCUCACACAGUACCGCCUGUUGAAGUUCAUCUCCAUCAACUGCGUAAAGGAGAUCUCAUUGCUACAUCUACCUCUCCGCAAGCUCGGGAUCGGCACCUACGUUCAAGCGCCUCCUCCACCCGAGGAACGCGGGGAUGACUACAACCCAUACCACCCGAUCGCAACAGCGACCAUGGACACCACCGUGUUCGACGUCGUUCACAUGUUCUCUGAGCGUGGUAUUUCCGCCGUGCCCAUCAUCGACGAGGACGGUAUCGUCGUGAAUCUGUAUGAGACCGUCGACGUUAUCACGCUCGUACGGCUCGGAGCGUACCAAGCACUCGACCUGACCAUCUCCGAAGCGCUUAACCAACGCUCCCCCGACUUCCCCGGCGUAGUCAUCUGCACAGCGUCCGACAGCAUCGGUACACUUCUACAGCUCAUCAAAAAGCGGCGCGUACACCGUCUGGUGGUGGUCGAGGGCGAUGAAGAGGAGAAGCGUGGGGGCAGGAAGGGCAGGUUGCUGGGCAUCAUCUCGCUCGCGGACGUGCUGCAGUACAUCACGGGCGAGAAGAGCGUGAACAAGGGCGAGAGGGUGCCUCCGGCUCCGACGCCCGAACCGCCCGCCUCCGAGUCGCCGCCUAUUCCAGCAGAGGAGCCUGCAGCGGCAGAACCAGCCGCGGCGCCUGAGAUUGUCGAGCCGCCGCCGUCGAUACCGGAGGAGACGUCGGCCGAGGCUGUAGAUGCGGCGGCGGCAGAACCUGAACCUGCAGCGGAACCUGAGCCAGAAGCCGAGGCAGAACCGGCUCCAGAAGGAGAGCCGGAAACAUGA